CCCGUGGAGAUCGCAGCAAGAUGGACGAGGUCCGGGCCAAGCUCAUGGACGAGCUGCAGUGCAUCAUCUGCCAUGAGCACCUCUACAAGCCGGUCUCGGCGUCCUGCGGCCACACCUACUGCCGGCUCUGCCUCAUCAAGUCGUGCGACGCCCAAGACGGCAACCCGACCGAGUGCUUGUGCCCGAUCUGCCGCGACCCGAUCUGCAUCUGCUUUGAGAAGCUCAACAUCAACGUCACGCUCUGGAACGUCGUGCGCCUCUUCUACCCAAACGAGCGCGACGACGACGAAGAAGAGAGCGCGUACCAGCUCGCCAAGUCCAAGUACGAAGUCCGGCAGCGCGUUCGCGACCUGCAGAACGCAGCGGGUGCACCCCGCCCCGUCGAUGACGGCGACGCGUCCUUUGACGACGAAGCCUUCUCGGACGCCGACGAUCAGCAUGGCGACGACGACGACAACCCGCAUCAGAUUCGAGUCGACCGUGUCCAUGCUGAGGAGCUCCAUAUCGUCCGGAAUGUCAUUGUCGACGAAGACGACGAGAACGUCGACGGCUACCGUGCGAUGCGGUUUGGAUGCGGGCGACCGCGUGCGCUCACGGCUCUCCUCGAUAGGAUGGCCUUUGGUAUCAUGGACUUUCCCAGCGUGCUGGAGGCGUACACGGAGCAUCAAGCAUGCACGCUUGUCAUUCUGCAGAUGGAAGAAGACGAGGAGAUCACGGAGGGAUUUCCUACCUUUAUGGCCGAGUCGGGCGAAGACGACAACCUCGUUGUCGCCAACCACUACAGCGAGGUCACGCUCACGGUCCGGGACGAGACGCGUCACAUUGUGCUGGAGCGUACAGCGCGCUGUCAAGCAGGCUCGGUGUCCUUUGAAGCGCUCCGCCUUGAUGUCCCCGAAGGGAUGUACACCUUUUGUUUUCGGGACCUCGCCUCGAAUGUCUUUAUCGAGAUCGAGACACUGGUUCGCGACGGUGUCAACGACGGGUACAGAAUACGGUCGCCAGUGCGCCGCGCGGCCGUCUCGGGCUUGCUGCAAGAAGCCACGGACCGGUCGCGGCAGCGCGCCAGCACGCGCCGCGACUAUGUGAGUGACGACGACGAAGGCUAUGGCCAUGAGAGCGACGACUCGUUCAUCGUCAGCGACAACUAUAUCUCGGACGACGAGGUGGACGAACCUGCGUCCCGCGCUGCGGAUCUUCGCGAAGAUUAUGACGAGGAUGACGACGCGGACGAGGACGAAGAGAUUGUGCAAACAACGAGCCGGAAACGCCCGCGCCUACGCAUGCUGGACGACGACGAAGACGACGACGAUGAAGACGACGACAUUUUGCCGCCAGCCUCUGCGUCCAAGCGAUCGCGACUGCUCGUGGUCGAUGACGACGAGUCGAGCGCCGGAGAGGACUAAGCAUCGACUAUUUGUUUUGCAA